AUGAAGCUGGGCGUCUUCAUCUUUGCAGCCCUGAUUUUUGUCAACUUCUGUACCUGCACGCCAAGGGACGACAUGGCAAAGGAUGCAUCUUACGGUACAACUGUGUCACCGAGGCAAAUUCGGGCACUCAUCGCUGCAACUGAUGGGAGGAAUGGACCUCCCAGCAAUGAUCACCAGUGCCCACUCGGGACCUACCCGAAUUGUUAG